GUGACCCUGCCCAAAGCUUUGCAUGCUGAUUUCCAUGUGUUCCAUUCAUGCCAGUAAAUGUGUUUAGACCCUCCAGAGCCACACAGAGUCAGAGAGUGAAGGAGACUCCAUGCAGAAGACACCGCUGUCAGAGAUGGCCAUAAAAUUUUGUUGCUUUUCUCAGGAACCUGUUGAUGAUGUGUACUCCUGGGGUGAGUCCAUCGAGAAGCUUCUGUCCUGCAAAUCGGGACAGAUGGCUUUCCAGGACUUCCUAAAGUCGGAAUACAGCGAGGAGAAUAUUCUGUUCUGGCUGGCAUGUGAAGAAUACAAAAAGAUCAAGAGCGCACCAGAGAUGAUCAGCAGGGCAAACCAAAUCUACACUGAGUUUGUGCAAACGGAAGCACCCAGACAGGUAAACAUUGAUUCUGGGACUCGCACAAAUAUUACAAACAACAUCUCAGAGCCAACCCUCAACUCGUUUGACAUUGCACAGAAGAUGAUCUUCAGUCUAAUGGCGAGAGACUGCUAUCCCAGGUUUCUGAAGUCUGAUAUCUACCGGUCCAUUCUGCAAAAUCAUGGAAAGAGUUGACUUCAUAACGAAUAAUGAUUCAUGUACAUCAAGUUUAACGAUUGCCAGCAGUUUUUUUUUUAUUUUAUUUUAUUUUAUUUUUUUUGGUAAGCGUGACCUUUUUAGUUUUGGACUGAAAUAGCUCAUCGGUUUUCUUCAUUAUGUUGCUGUAUAAAGUUUUUUGAAAGAAAAGCCUGUUUACAGUGUCACAAUAGGAUCUGUUCUGUUUGUAUUCUGCUGUUGUCUCUUGUCUUGUUUUUCCUGUGCACAGAAAAUUAGACCAAAUAACUCCAUCUCAUUUUAAACAUGAAAAAGUCAUGCAUCACAAAAACGUGAGAAAUCAUUCUAUAUGGGAUUAAACAGAUUUGUUUUGGGGAUUUGUAACAAAUUCAGUAAUUUCCUGGUUAUCAGCAUACUGUUGAGGAAUCAAGAAUAAUAAGAAAAUGAUCAUUUGAAUGCUGCUUUUCAAACACAACUUGUAUAGCUAAUUCAUCUAAAGUUCAUUUCUAUAAUAGUGCAACUUAUCGGUCAGAACUUUUUUUUUUUAUAAUGUUAUUAUGAUGAUGAUGAUGACUAUGAUGAUUAUAGAUGAAAAUGAUGCAAUGUAUUUUUUUUAUUCUAAAGAAACUUUAUUGUUAAGGUUUUCUUAUGAUUGAUGUUAUGUCGUCAGGAGGAAAUUUGUACAAUUAUUAUUUUAAUGAGCCAUUUAUAUGUGACCA